UUAUCAUUCCCCUCGACAAUAUACGCAUCAUUAAUGCGAAAGCAUUCACUUCUUGUCCCUCAAAACACUUGCUUCUACAAGUGUCAAACUGCAAGCAGACACAGGGAGAGGUUCAGUUCCUGCCCGGUCUUUUACCUCGAAUCUUUCUCUCGUGCACGGACGGGCACAUCCCAGACCGUCACUCUAAAGCCCUCAUGCACCCGGCUCGUUUUCGUCGUUGGUGUCUUUCCUUUCCCAAUGCUUCAGUUGCCAAUACGGCAUACGCCGGCGAUACUCCGACACGAGAUAGCGGAGGUUAUGUGUUUCUGCACUCGAUGAAGGUGUAGACCGUGACACGAUACAUCACAUCUCUACGUGAUACCCCUUUCACCAAUUCCAUUGCUAUCAACCGCAAUUUGCUAUCCACUUGAUGCGCACUCAAAUUAUUAUUUUUACGUUGGUCUCCUCUUGAUAUCUGAGAUAUGAAAGUCAGACUUCCGUCGCUUUCGACAUUUUGAGACUUUUGACAUCAACGAACAAAUGGUUUGUUCCACAAUGCAAAGGAGAUAUCCCAGCAGGUUGUGCUGCCUAUGGAUUUGUGGCAGAUGGAACUCGGAUACUCGUGUUUGGUGGUAUGAUUGAGUAUGGCAAAUACUCAGCUGACUUGUACGAGCUCCAGGCUAGCCGCUGGGAAUGGAAGGUAUUAAGCCCUCGGCCACCAAAAAAGUUCCCGCCACCUUGUCCCCGUCUUGGCCAUAGCUUUACAUUGAUUGGAAAUAGAGUUUUCCUCUUCGGGGGUUUAGCAAAUGACAGUGACGAUCCAAAAAAUAAUAUACCAAGGUAUUUGAAUGACUUGUAUGUCCUUGAGCUGAAAGGAAAUAACCAAACCUCAUGGGAAGUUCCCUUGACCCAUGGGGACUCACCACCACCAAGAGAGAGCCACACUGCUGUGGCAUACACUGACAAAAGUGGCCGCACGAGCCUCGUUAUUUACGGAGGGAUGAGUGGGUGUCGUCUGGGUGACUUGUGGAUGUUGGACAUAGACACUAUGCACUGGCACAAACCUACAGUGCAUGGCAUCGCUCCGCUUCCACGGUCUCUUCAUUCAGCAACUUUGAUAGGGCAUAGAAUGUUUGUCUUUGGGGGUUGGGUACCAUUGGUCUUGGAUGAUGUCAAAGUAGCCACUCAUGAAAAGGAAUGGAAAUGCACAAACAGCUUAGCUUGCCUAAACUUAGAAUCAAUGACUUGGGAAAGCUUUCAAAUGGACACCUAUGAAGACAAUGUCCCCAAGGCAAGAGCUGGGCACUGUGCUGUUGGAAUCCACACUCGCAUGUAUGUGUGGUCAGGCCGUGAUGGCUAUCGCAAAGCAUGGAACAAUCAGGUGUGUUGUAAAGACCUGUGGUAUUUGGAAGCAGAAAAACCAGCUCAGCCUGGCAGAGUUCAAUUAGCGAAAGCCUUCACUCAAUCGCUGGAAGUGUAUUGGGGAGCAUGUCCAACUGCAGAUGCUUAUAUUUUACAAAUCCAAAAAUAUGAUAUAUCCCCUACUUCAUCAGCUCCUGCUUUGCCUUCUCCGACAUCUGCAACCACAACGCAAGCAACUGCAGCGUCUAAGACCACCACUACCACUACAUCUACUACUACGACUGCAGCAUUGAGUUCACCUGCACCUGCCAGAGUAGCUGUAAGCAGUCCUCCAGCACUUGCCACUGGUGUGGGUGUCACGCCUCCGACUCCCCGACAGCCUGUCCCAGUAGCUGCAGCUAACGCCCUGUCAGCUAGCCCUGCUCGAGUUCAACCAGCAUCUGUCCAACCAUCACCUCUCAAGGCAGCCACUCCAGCACCUGUUGUUACUCCCCAAACUGUGUUGAAAGCAGGUACCCCAACGCCCAUUCGUCCAAUUGUAGCUCCUUCUCCACGGACUGCAACAACAAUUGUUCGUCCAGCUGGCACUGUGGUAAGCACGGGAGCCCCUAGUGCACCAACAGGGCCAGUAGUGCGCCUGCCUGUGUCAACAGGCGUUGCUUCCCCCUCCAUGGUGCGACCACAGACAGUUCGUCUGAUCCGAAUGCAGAGUCCUGCUGGCCAAAGCGUGAUCUCACCUGGUCAAAGUCUGCUGUCGGCAAAAUCAGGAACAGUAACAACAGUUGCCAGCCUUACGGCAGCAACUAGUGUUACUGGCACAGGAUCCACUGCGUCACCUGUGGUGACGGCGCAGGCGGCGCAGGCGGUGCAGGCGGCGGCCACCAGCCCUGCGACUAGCGCCCCGCAGUCCCCGGCUACGCCUGUGGCUGCCGCCCCCGGGGCGGCGGCCUCGUCCACUCCAGUGGCGGCGGUGGUCGCGUCCGCUGCGGCCACGACCGGUAGCCCUAUGAGGAUCGUGCAGGCCCAGGGCUCUCCGACCUACCGAGUGGCUUCCCCGUCAGGCGCCCUGGGUCAGACUGUAAGACUAGCGUCGCCUGGCACCACACUGCUUCGAAGCGCUGCUCCGGGACAGCCGGGUAAACAGAUUUUCCUCCAACGACCCGGUUCAAAUCAGCCUGGCCAAAUUGUUACUCUUGUGAAAACCAGCCAAGGAAUGACUGUGGCCUCUAUGCCCAAAAUGAGCCUUAUUCCUGGUAAAACCGGUGGGAACAUGCAAACUAUUCAGACUGUAAAGGCUGAAAACACACAAGGUGGCACCAUUCAACAAGGAACAACAAUCCAACAAGGCAAUCUACCUCAAGGAGCCACUAUAGUUAAGCUGUUGAACCCUGGAUCAGUGAGCAAAGCAGGAGUAGCUGGAAAGCAAACCAUUGUUAUCACCAAACCUGGUGGAGGCCAGCAAGUUUUAGGCCGGUCAAAUACAGGACAAAUUAUCAUGGUCACAUCAGGCUCUGCCCUAAGAUCGGUCCAAACUCUCACCAACAGUCAGGCGGGGGCGGCGCAAGCUGUUUCAGGUGCAGGGGCGCAGACGGUGGCAGGCCAGCAGGGUGUCAAGAUGAUCGUCAUGUCCGCGGGCCAGGCCGCGCAGGCGGGCGCUGCGGGCGGCAAGCCAAUCACCAUCACCGUGCCCGGCCAGCAGGGCGGCCCCGCCAAGACGGUCACGAUCCAGGGCAAGCCUGGCAAGCCUGGCCAACCCAUCCUCAGCUCCGGGCAAAUCUUGUCGAUGCCGGGCCAGGGUCAGCUGGCAGGCCAGCCCCUCAAGCUGCAGAUGGGGCAGAAGACGGUGAGCGUGGUCGGGCUGGCUGGCGCUGCUGGCGGUGCGGCGCAGGGAAUGACCCGCGUCUCCUCUGUCGCCACCGCGGCGACCCCCGCCUCCGCCUUGGCCGCCACGACGCCAGCCAGCAGCUCGCCCGGCGGCUCGGACGCCGCCAUGCCCCGGAUCGUUGUCGUCUCCAGGCAGAACCAGCCUGACCUCGUACCUGCCAGCCAGUAGCUGAAGCCAUGACUCGUGACUCGCGAAGUAAGUCUUGGGAACUGUUGGGUCCAACUCGUUGGGGAGAGCGAUGAAGAUGAUUCACCUUGGUACAAACAGAAGCUGUCCGUUUUGUGGUUUACAGAGUAGGGAGACUGGUAGCUGUGUACCUUGUAUUCUAAAUUAUUUUGGUUACUUGUCUCUCUACCAUGCAAAGCAUUGUGUGUGAUGGUCGUGAAAUGUUGUUCAUUAUCAAUCUCAUGCAUGUAAUUCAUUGUGUUUCCUUAUUUGUUAGACUUGUAUAUAUAUAUAUAUAUUAUACUAAUUGACAAUGCCACAACUUUGUGUGGCGCCUGUGAAUUUUAGAGAAUUCUAACUUUUGAUUCAAAACUAGAGUUUUGUGUCAAAAUCUGUUUCUGAGAGAGGUAUAAGAAGGUAACCAAGUUGCCAAUUUUUAAAAUUUUGAGAAGACGUGUCUUAAUGAUGGGCUCACGUCUUCUUUUUAGCUUUUUCCCCCUCCACACUUAUCCUUUCUAGCUUUCUAUGUGGGGCAUUUUGCUCAUGAGAUACUUAAAGUUUCUACUCAAUCGUCCAUGUAUAAAGUGUAAGCAGGAUGGAGGGAAACCUCGUGGCUUACAUGCAAGAACAAUGAAUGGAACAACACAUCAUGGCAGGGAUAAUGUAAUUUGUUGUUUUGUUUGUUUUUAAUUAAUUUUCAAACUACUUGCAGGAUAGGUUGGGUAAAAAAAUAAAUUGACACAAGGGAUGUAUUAUAUUUGUUCAUUGAGGGACUUUGUGAGAUAUGUAUGUAGUGCCUUUAAUAUGGAUUAUAUAAGAAACCUCUUUUAUAUUUUUGUUCUUGUCAACAGAUUUGACAAAGUAUCUUUCCACUUUUUAAAUCAUUUCAUCAUCAUUCAUGUUACAACCAUUUGUAGAAAAUUUAUUCUCCUGAGUGGAUUUAAAAAAAACUAUGCAAGGAUUUUGUUACCAUAGGCUCAGUGUAAAUCAGAUGACUAUGUCCAUUUUCAACAAUUAUAUGGAAUUGUAAAAUUUCUAAUAAAACAAAAGUCAAAUGAAAA